GGUACGCUGGCGCGGGGGGUUGGGAAAUCAGGCCUCCAGGCUGCGUCUUCCCGGGUUCCCACUCGCUACUCACUGCUCACGGCUACGGCUGAACUCUCACAUACCCAGGUUGAGUUUCUGAAUCUCGGCUUGAUAGAUGUUUGAAUAGAACUUGAUCUUAAAGAACCCACACUUUGGUUUGGGAUGCUGACAAAUACCAAUAAGAUGUGAUAAGAUAGAGAAGAGAGGAAGGCCCAGGGGUGAGGAGGGGGAUGCCAGGAGGUGCCUUUGAGCAGAGUUUAUAGAUAUUCAUUCAUUGAUUCAACAAUUAAUUUCCAAAUGCCAGCCACGAGGCCAGGCAUGUCACAGAAGAGAAGGAGAGGGACACAGCCCUGCUCCCAUGGGGUUUACAUCCUCUGGGAAAAGAAAACGAAUAGAAUGGUGUAAAUAGAGGUGUGGCUCUUUUUUUGCAAGUGAUAUAACCCCAACCAAACUAAGCAUGGAGGGGAAAUGUAUCUGAAGACUUCUUGGUACAAGUCUGCCAGCUUCAACAUUACUGAACAAGAACUUGCUGUCUCUGGAAUCGAAGUAAAAACCUUGGGAAAAGGCUCUGCUCGCCCAGCAUCCCCCAGGUGCUAUCUCCUGUCAGUGCUGGUGGGUCCCUGGGGAAGGAAUUCUAAGAGCUGUGGAAAGAGCAUCUUCUGGAGGGGAAGACAAGGCAGCAUAGAAUCCCCUACAGAGGAGUACCAGUGCUCAGGGGUCCUCGAGAUCGACUUCGCCGAGCUCUGCAUGCGGUCGGGCUACACGGACUUCCCUAAAGUUGUCAACCGGCCCCGCCCUCACCCGCCUUUUGUCCCCUCCACCUCUUUGUCGGAAAAGGUCACCCCAGAAGACCCACAGCUGUCCGGGUCCUGCAGCCUUAACAGUCUGGAGACCAAAUACGUGUUUUUCCGGCCCACCAUCCAGGUGGAGCUGGAGCAGGAGGACAGCAAGUCGGUGAAAGAAAUCUACAUCCGCGGUUGGAAGGUUGAGGAACGGAUUCUGGGUAUUUUCUCUAAAUGCCUGCCCCCGCUCACCCAGCUACAGGCCAUCAACUUGUGGAAGGUGGGGUUGACUGAUAAGACCCUGACCACCUUCAUCGACCUCCUGCAUCUCUGCUCAUCCACACUCAGGAAGGUGUCUCUGGAGGGGAACCCACUUCUGGAGCAGUCCUAUCACAAGCUCAUGGCCUCGGACAGCACGAUCGCGCACUUGUCUCUGCGUAACAACAACAUCGAUGACCGCGGGGCGCAACUCCUGGGCCAGGCGCUGUCCACGCUGCACAGCUGCAACCGGACCCUUGUCUCGCUCAACCUGGGCUUUAACCACAUUGGGGACGAGGGCGCGGGCUACAUCGCCGACGGACUCCGGCUGAACCGUUCCCUGCUCUGGCUGUCCCUGGCCCACAACCGCAUCCAGGACAAGGGCGCCCUGAAGCUGGCGGAGGGCGCCCGCCUUCCGCAGGUCCUGCGACCCUUCGAGCUGACGCACACCGAGGUGGUGGAGCGCCGGCGCCUCCUGCUGGAGAAAGGGACGCAGGAGCACUCGCGAUCGCCCUCCUCCUCGAGACAUGGGGACUCCAAAACAGACCGUGAGAAGAGUCAGACGGUAGGGAUCAGCAACAGCGCAUUGGUGGACAAGACAGACAAGACGCAGCCAAUGAAAACCCCUAAGGGCCUGGGCAAGAAAAAGGAGAAAUCAUGGGAAUUGACCAAGAAAGAGGAGAGGUCAGGGGCUGGGCAGUCACCCACACAAGGAAUCCCUAAGAAAGAAGAUGCCACAAAAGCAGGAAAGGGGAAGGUAAUCAUCCCUGAGCAGAAGCCAAGCAGGAUAAAAGGGAUCAAGAUUGGGAGCAGAGAGAAGCGCAGCAUCCUCCCGGAGUCGGGACAAGAGCACCUAGGACAAAGCCUGGAGUAUAGCCAGCAGUCAAAACAUCAGCUGGUUGUUGAGGCUACUGAGGUGAUCAACCCUCUCCUGGAGCCAGUGGAGCACCGAGCUGGGAAAGUUUUCAUGCCUGGGAACAAGGUCCUUUUGCACCUCAACCUCCUCCGGAACCGCAUCACAGAGGUGGGGCUGGAGGGCUUCCUCGCCACGAUGCAGCACCAGGUGCAGUUCUCCAAGGCCAAGAGUGUGUCCAAGGGUCCAGUGGGGCUGCUGUGGCUGUCCCUGGCUAAAAAUUGCUUCGCUCCACAAUGUCCUGCAUACGCCAAGCUCCAGGAACUGAUGUUGCCAAGGGGCCCCAUUAAGGUCAAGCUCAGGGAGGACGAGGCCAUGGCGUUCUUCCCCUAGCCCCUCCCACCUGCUCGCCUCUGAGACUCUGAGCCACAGAAGCACCCCCCGUCCCUGUGUGCACUGACCUCCCUGGGGGAGCUCUCAGACCAAUAACAAAGUCUGUUGCUGUUCUUUUCCUUGA